UAGCACCCCAAAGCCAUUCUCCAUGGCGGCCGCGAACGUGAUUUGCUCUCGAUGCAACGAAGAGGGGCACCAGGCCGUCGCAUGCUCCAAGCCAUUCUUCAAGACUUGCGAUCAUUGCAAGGCAGUGGGCCACACAAGCAACAAGUGUCCGUCUUUGAGGACACUCAAGAUGCCGCUCAUCUGUGCAUACUGCAAGGAUGAGGGUCACUCGAUUUCCACUUGUGACAAGAAAGUCAAAGCAGACAAGGCGAGGGCUGCUCGGAUGGCCAAGAGGAGUGAGGAGACCAAGAGUGAGACCUCUGAAAUCAGUACCGCAGCCAGCUUUCACCAGGGGGGUCGGCAAGUUGAGCUUAGAGCCAGGUAAGUGUUAGUGGACCAUAGUUGCCAUAGUUACCAGACCCGAUGCCAUAAGGCAUCAUGGUGAUUUUGUUGAUGCUGACAGUUGCUUUGCAGCUUUGUGCAGUGUACAGCUGCAUCGAAAGAUCACUAUUGCUGGAGUAAACUAUAGAAGUUCUAGACCAAACAAACAUGUGGUCAACUGGCUGACAUAGCCGCAAGAAAAGAUGGCACUGCUUGCAGUUUGUGGACACUGAUAGAGAGUUUGAGUAUGUUUGAGUAUUUAGAAUAUUUAGCAGCGAAGCACAUUGCCAUUGUCAACCGCUCUUUGGGAUACAAGGGUGGCUGUACUUGUUUGUUGAUUCUUCCAAGUUUUUGCAAAAAAUGAUGUGUGAAAGGUUAUGAUUAUCUGAUUCUCAAACCUGCAAAGUUCUAUGGCUCAAGCUCCUUCAGCUCAUUUGUCUUGUUACUAGCACCCCAAAGCCAUUCUCCAUGGCGGCCGCGAACGUGAUUUGCUCUCGAUGCAACGAAGAGGGGCACCAGGCCGUCGCAUGCUCCAAGCCAUUCUUCAAGACUUGCGAUCAUUGCAAGGCAGUGGGCCACACAAGCAACAAGUGUCCGUCUUUGAGGACACUCAAGAUGCGAGGGCUGCUCGGAUGGCCAAGAGGAGUGAGGAGACCAAGAGUGAGACCUCUGAAAUCAGUACUGCAGCCAGCUUUCACCAGGGGGGUCGGCAAGUUGAGCUUAGAGCCAGAUAAGUGUUAGUGGACCAUAGCUACCAGAGCCGAUGCCAUAAGGCAUCAUGGUGAUUUUGUUGAUGCUGACAGUUGCUUUGCAGCUUUGUGCAGUGUACAGCUGCAUCGAAAGAUCACUAUUGCUGGAGUAAACUAUAGAAGUUCUAGACCAAACAAACAUGUGGUCAACUGGCUGACAUAGCCGCAAGAAAAGAUGGCACUGCUUGCAGUUUGUGGACACUGAUAGAGAGUUUGAGUAUGUUUGAGUAUUUAGAAUAUUUAGCAGCGAAGCACAUUGCCAUUGUCAACCGCUCUUUGGGAUACAAGGGUGGCUGUACUUGUUUGUUGAUUCUUCCAAGUUGUUGCAAAAAAUGAUGUGUGAAAGGUUAUGAUUAUCUGAUUCUCAAACCUGCAAAGUUCUAUGGCUCAAGCUCCUUCAGCUCAUUUGUCUUGUUAAUAUAGCACCCCAAAGCCAUUCUCCAUGGCGGCCGCGAACGUGAUUUGCUCUCGAUGCAACGAAGAGGGGCACCAGGCCGUCGCAUGCUCCAAGCCAUUCUUCAAGACUUGCGAUCAUUGCAAGGCAGUGGGCCACACAAGCAACAAGUGUCCGUCUUUGAGGACACUCAAGAUGCCGCUCAUCUGUGCAUACUGCAAGGAUGAGGGUCACUCGAUUUCCACUUGUGACAAGAAAGUCAAAGCAGACAAGGCGAGGGCUGCUCGGAUGGCCAAGAGGAGUGAGGAGACCAAGAGUGAGACCUCUGAAAUCAGUAC